AUGUCAAAUACUCCACCUCCUAGAACUGGAUCACCAGUACCUGGGUUAAAUAAACCUACUGCAAAAAGAUCACCGUCAAUUUUAGUUACUGAUGUAAGAAGUCAUCAAGUCAAAGGAACAAGAGCACCAUUUGCAGGUCAAAAUUUUAAGAAACAACAACAAUUACAACAGCAACAACAGCAGCAGCAACAACAAUCAGGUUACAGUUUUGAACAACUGCAGCAUCAAAGUGCAUUACAAAAGAGAUUAGCAUUUAGAAAUAAAUAUACAGAUAUUUCAGUUGAUAAAUUGCUAAGUAAUUCAAGUGAUAUUCCAUCGGGUCAAAGUAGAAUUCCACCAAAACUUGGAGGUAAAAGACUGAAUUCUAGACCAUCAUCACCUUCUCCACCGAUAAGAAGUCCCACAUCACAAGAAGUAAGGCGAAAUAUAAGAAGUAUACCAAAAUUAUCAACAUCAUUACCAACAAGAACGUCGAAAACAUCACAAAAAUUAGUAUUAAUUCCAGAUCAACUAAGACAAAACUCACCUCCAUUAACAUCAGACUCAGAAGAAUCAUUAUUAAUUCAAACUCAACAACAACAACCAGAUUUGCUGGCUCAAAUCUUGAGGUCAAGAGCUGAAUUAAUGCCGAAAGAAAAAAGAGCUCAAGAAUUUAGUAGAGUAACUGCAUAUUUUAUCUGUGAAGAAUUUAAUCUACCGGCUGUUGCAAAAUUCUUAAGAAAAAAUCACGAAGUUAAACCAAGAUUAUAUGAUGAAGCAUUAUAUGUUCCAUACGCGUUACCUUUAUUACCAGGAAGCGAUGGAUUAAGAGUAAAAUCAAAUAAUUCAUCCAAGCUACAAGCAAAAAACAAACGUAUGGAGGUAAUGAUAAAUAAAUCAGAACAAACUGAUCACUUAUAUGAGUAUUAUUCUGGUGUUGAAACUCCUGAAGAUGCAAAUAAUUAUUCAAUGGAUCCUGAAUUAGAAAAUUUUGAUAAUACUCCAUUUGAUCCAAGUGAACCUCAGUUUUUUGCUCCACCUUUAGAUAGUUCAAGAAGCUCAGAUGAAGGUAAUGAAAUAAGUCAAUCAAAUGGUAGAAGUAUAACUGAAACGAAAGAAAUUAAUGGACCUUCAUCUCACAAUCAACAAUCUGAUGUUUCCAAACAUCAUGCAGAAAUGUUUGUAUUUGCAUAUGGUAUAGUUGUAUUCUGGAAUUUUUCAGAAAUACAUGAGAAAAAUAUUCUAGCAGACUUGGCAUUUUCAGAUAAAGAUCUUUUAAUUAAUCCUAUCGAUGAACAAGACAUUGAAACUGAAGAGUUUCAUUUUGAAUAUGAUAGAGAACUACAUCGACCAAGAAUAUAUAAUGAUAUGAUUACAUUAAGAUCAGGAGAUCAUCUAAUAAAAUUAACAAUGUCUCAUGCAAUAGCUCAACUGACAAAAUUAGGAUUAUUCGAAAGUAGAAUGGUAAAUAUUUUACAUCUGAUUAGUAAACUACCUAAAAAAUUAGCAUUAACUGGAAGAUUAGGUUUAAAGAGAAAUCAAUUAUUAAGAAAAUCCGGUAAACUUUUCAAAUUAAGAGUUGAUGUUAAUUUAUCAAGUUCAAUAUUAGAUACUCCUGAUUUUUUUUGGUCUUUUGAACCAGCUUUGCAUCCUUUAUAUAAUGCAGUAAGAGAAUACUUGGAAAUUGAUCAAAGAGUUCAAGUAUUGAAUGAUAGGUGUAAAGUAUUUUUAGAAUUUUCAGAUAUUGUAUCUGAUAAUAAUAACAAUGGCCAUGUACAGAAAUUUCAAAAUGACCUAAUGGAAAUUGAGACUCAAUUUGAUCAAAGUAUAACCAUUAUUAUAAUUGAUACAAAUUUCUUUCUACAACAUUUACACUAUAUUAUUGAAAUUUCCGCUUUAUCUGAUAAGUAUAAUUUAGAAUUAAUAAUUCCUAUUGCAGUUUUGGAAGAACUUGAUGGUCUAAAAAGUGGUCAUAAUUCGGAAAAAAGCUUUAGUGCUAGAGAUGCAAUAAGAUGGAUAAAUAAAGCUCUUGAUGAAGGAUCAGUUAGAGGUCAAAAGAAUAGUGAAGUCAUGGAGAAAUAUUUAAAAGGAGAUUCAUCCAUUUUAGACUGCUCAUUAUAUUAUAAAAAUCAUUAUCAACAAUCAUUAAUAGUCUUAUUCUCAGAUGAUAACAAUUUACGUAAUCGGGCAUUAUCCAAUGAAGUUAAAACAUUUGUGUACACUGAAGGUUAUACUGCUGAAUUUGUAGCACAAUUUUUAUUUAAUGAGAGCAUAAAUUAUUUUAGAAUCGAUAAUCAAGAAAAUGACAAGAAUUUAAAGAAACAAGAAUUACAAAGGCAAUGUCUAAAUUUAAAUCAAGAGCACACAACUACAGAUAAGAUGAUUUUGUUAUACGAUGAAAUUUUGGACAAUUUAAAACAAAUUAUUCAUAAAUGUUUAGUGAAAGAGUAUGAAGAAUCAAUUGAUUUACUAAAAGACUAUUCAUUAGAUAAAUUAAAUACUUUAGAGCAUUGUUCAAAAAUUAUCAUUAGAUUCUGGCAUGUAUUUCAACAAUACUUUAGAGGUCAUCAUAGUAGCGUCUUACCAUUUAGAGAAGAAGGUAAAGAUAGAAAUUCAAAAAGAUUUCCAAUUCAUACUGAUCUACCGAGUUCUAAUAAUGUUAACGCAUUUUUCAAUUUUUGGUCAACCAUAUUAACUACACUUUGUGAUGGAAUAAUCGAAAAUGAAGAUCAAGAAUAUAUUAAAGUAUUAUGUGAAAGGUGGCAAUUAAUAGCAAAUUCUAGUAAAUAA